AUGGCGCCACCGAGCGCUAACCCUAGCCACCACCCGCUCCUCGUCCUCCCCCUCCUGCUUCUACUCCUGAUCCCCGCCGCCGCCGCGGCGGAUAUCUCCCUGUCCGCCCUCUCCUACACCCACCACUGCCCCAACCUCCCGUCCGCGCUCGACCUGCCCGGCGGCCAAGUUUCGGCGCUCGGGCCCGACGCCCGGGUCCCCGUCCCCGAGGUCUCCACCGGGUACUUCGACGGCGGGGACCGCAUCUUCGGCUCCGACACCUCCUCCCAGCCGCGCUCCUUCUCGCUGCUCCCCUCCUCCGUCGCCCGCACCACCAACGCCUCGCUCCUCCACGUCUCCGCCACUUUCACCGUCUCCGGCGGGCGCCGCCUGUUCCGCGACCGCGGCGGCCGGAACCUCUUCGAGUACGAUGGCCGCACGCGCCACUUCCGCCCGCGCCUCCCGCGCUUCACGGGGCGGCGCGGCUCCAUCACCUUCGGCCUGGAGGGCUACUACUCCACCGCGUCCGGGGACCUCUGCAUGGUCGGUACCGGGUCCGGGCGCUCUGGCGACGGCACGCCCGUGCAAUUCCUCCCCGUCGUGCUCCGCCUCGGUUUCCCCAGCCCCGCCAACGUGACGCGGCCCUUCGUCACCGGUCGCCUCGAGAACGUCGACACCAUCAACCCCAUCGAGCCCAUCUCACUUGUCGCCUACGCCCAGGAGGGCUACGCGUAUGGGGAGAGCGCCUCCUGCCCGCCUCCACCUGCAGGGAGGCUCGACGCGCUCCAGGUGUUCGAGAAUAAGAAUUUCUCGUGCGCCCACCUCAGUUCCAUGCUCAAAUCGCCAUUCAGGUUGGACUACCCGAGUGGCAGCGAGUCGACCGCAUCUUCACUGGGGAUUCACCAAAGCUACAUGUAUGUCAACCGGAUGCACUGCAACGAUGAUGGCGCUGUCCGUGCUUAUGUGGCGUUCACUAACCAGACGGAGGUAUCAAGGUACUACUUCACGCUGGGCGAGAAGGCUGUCGUGGUGGAUGGGUUCUGGGAUCAGAAGAGCAGCCGGCUUUGUCUCAAAGGGUGUCACGUGGUGAAGUCGGGGCCAUCCCGUGCAGAUUUGGCAGUGGGUGAGUGUGGAAUUGGGAUGAGCUUCUGGUUCCCGGCAGUGUGGUCGUUACAGCAUCGGAGCUUUUCUGCUGGUCUGGUCUGGAAUGCAAGUCUGGAAAGUGGUGAGGCCAUUGCUGCAGGUUCUAGUGCAAUCACUCCCAACUUUAGGGGCAAUCUUUCUGGUUUGAAGUAUAAUUACACUAAGGUGGUUGAGGCUCUGAAGCACUAUGAGAAAUCUGGAUUGAACAAAAACAGGAAAGGAAAGUUCCCAGACAGUAAUUCAUACCGAGACUUGGUGUUCCGUUUUUUCGUGAAGAAAGGAGGCGGCUCUGGAUAUGCCUCACCUGUCACAAUUGGGUCAAUGUUGUUUGAUGGCAACUCUUUGGUGGUUCAAGAUCCCUUUUCUCAUCAUGUCACAGCCGAGAUGAAGCAAAGAUUGCUUAAUGUCAGCUAUGAUAUCUACUAUGUUGGGAAUUGGUCUCUAGAAUCAUUCAAUCGUCGACAUAUCUCUGCUGAGGGUGUUUAUGAUACUAAGACAGGUUCCCUUUGCAUGAUCGCUUGUCGAGAGCUUAAUGUCUCGUCAGAUUGUGAAAUUCUGGUGACUGCUCAGUUUUCUUCUUUGGAUGCAAAAGUUGCACAGCAUGUGAAGGGGACAAUCAAAAGCUUGAGGAAGAAGACUGACCCUCUUUUCUUUGAAACACUGGACAUUGCUUCAUAUGGGAUGUAUGUAGAGCAAGUGGAUGAAUCAAUAUGGAGAAUGGACUUAGAGAGCACCAUGGCCUUGAUCUCUAUGACACUAGCAUGCAUCUUCAUUGCUGUGCAGCUAUUUCAUGUCAAAAAGGUCCCUGAAGCGCUUCCUGCCAUGUCUAUCACCAUGCUUGUUGUUCUGGCUUUGGGCUACAUGAUCCCUCUUGUGCUGAACUUUGACGCUCUCUUCAAGAACAGCAACAAACAGACUGUUCCACUUUCAGGUGGCGGAUGGCUUGAAGUGAAUGAAGUUAUGGUGCGAAUCAUUACCAUGAUAACCUUUCUGCUACAGUUGCGGCUUCUUCAGCUGGCUUGGUCUGCACGAUCUGUGGAUGUCAGCAAAGCUGAGUCGUGGGCCGCUGAGAAGAAAGUCCUCUGGAUAUGCUUGCCACUGUACAUCAUUGGGGGAGUUAUUACUUGGGUUGUUCACAUGAGGUCGAACCACAGCCGAAGAAUGCUAAGGCAGGUUGUCCACUUGAAGCCAAUUGAGCAUGCAUUCUGGGAGGACCUUGUGUCUUAUUGUGGAUUGAUACUCGAUGGGUUCUUGCUCCCUCAAGUGAUCCUAAAUGUGUUCUCAGAUUCCAAAGUUAGAGCCCUUUCCCCAGGGUUCUAUAUUGGAAGCACCUUAAUCCGUGCCCUGCCUCAUGUGUAUGAUGUGUUCAGGAGACAGCAUUUUGUGCCCAGUUUGAGACCAUCUUACAUGUAUGCAAGCCCUCAUGAUGAUCUCUUCAGCCUCGCUUGGGACAUCGUCAUACCUUGCGGAGCACUGCUACUGUCGGUGCUUCUCUUCUUUCAGCAGUGGCGUGGAGGAGCUUUCUUCCUUUGUUCGAAGAACAGGAAGACAAGAGAGUAUGAAAUGGUUUCCACAGUCAGUUCCUAA